UUUUCUGAAUUUGACAGAUUCACUCGUGUCGUGAAUAGUACGUGCAGUUGCUUUAAAAAAAAAAUUUAAUUUCUUUAAUUGGCUAAAAUUUAUAUCCUGGUGAGAAGAGGGUUCGUGUGAGUUUCGUUGGCGCCACAAAAAAAAGCAACGCGUUGUUAUGCGGGGGAGCGAGUCGCGUAUCAUCGUCUGCUGCUGUCACCACCACCACAAUAAUCGACAGACUGUGGAGAAACCAACACAGCAAUAUGAUCCGCUUGAAGACUUUUUCCGUUUCUUUACUACUACUACUGUGUUGACGACGCUGAGAAAGUUGAGAUUGUGCUAGCAACUAUUUAUUUAAUAAAAGUCAGUCGUCGGUUUUUCGCGUGAGCUUUGAAGGAUGACGCAGUGGAUUCCAACUCCAGAGAAGGAUCGCUUGGGUGUUGUGACUUACAAUGUGCAGCACGAUGGAGAGUACUGCCUCAAACUCGAAGUGGGUGAUACAGUUCACAACUUGUGCCAGGAGGAAUUCUGGUACUUUGGCUACAGUGUCAGAAAUCGAGCUCUCAAAGGCAUUUACCCCAAGAGCUUCAUCCACAUCCAGCCGUCUUUCAUUGAGAAGACAGCCAUAGGAGAGCAAGUGACAGCCUGCCAGUCACCCGUCGUUCAGGAAGUGACAUCCGUUCUACGAGAAUGGGGUCAAAUCGGCCAGGAACUUUAUCGAACUCACGAUCACAAAUGGCGUGCCGUCUAUUUACUAAUGAGAGACCUCAUGUCCAACCGAAGCAAAAUGCUCACCGGGACGUUGACGCUGGACGAACUGCGCGAGCUCACGCACGCCCUGACAUCGCAAAUCGAUUUCGGCAACAAUUUGCUCGGCCUCGACAUGGUGGUGCGUGACGAGUUGGGGAGCAUUCUCAAUCCAGACUCGGCCUCUGUCGUCCAACUCUACAGACAUCACGAACAGGCCUCGCAGCGAAUCAAGAAAGCCGUGGCCUCCAGUAACAACAUGAACGGCAUUACCAACACCAUCGGAAUGGGACCGAUGAACCCGACCAAAAUCAAACUGGCCAAUCGUCACUCGCACAUGUUUUUCGUCGCCGUUCGCAAUUUCGUUUGCCGAAUCGGUGAAGAUACGGAACUGUUACUCUGCCUUUACGACGCCAAGGAAUGGAAGCCGUUGACGGAGAACUACGUCCUCCGCUGGAGUCGAAUGGGACUCUCGAUGGAUCUGGAUUUACUCGGCAACAUGCGAGUGCUUUACACAGACCUGGGAAGUCGAGAUUUAGCCCGCGAGCGCGUCUUCCUUAUCUGCUACGUGAUCCGGGUGGGCAAUAUGGACAUCCGGCCGGAAGAUCCUCGACGACAGACGACAGCAAUGGGAUCAACGGCCGGUGGAUCUUCACGGCGGACAAUCAGCGGGGCUUUGGCUAACAACUCUCCUCCUCCCGAAUUCCUUCGCCGGCCCUGCGGCGUCGCCUACAUGGACGUGACGGAUUACCUCAGCGGUCGACAGGAGACGGACGAAGAGAAGCAGCAUUUCGUGCCUUUCAUUUCCUGCAGCGAACGGGACUCGCUAGACGUAACUCUGCGGCGAUUGAUCGUCUCAGGCCGUGAGAUCAGCCACAAGGAGCACAAAAAUCAAGGACUGUGGGUCAGCCUGCGACUCCUUCACGGCGAUAUGAAACAGGUCAGCGAGGAGCAUCCCGCCCUGGUCCAGGUGGCCCAGGUGGCCGUCAGCCGCAAAUUGGGUUUCCCCGAAAUUAUCCUGCCCGGUGACGUCCGUCACGAUCUUUACCUGACCUUAUCGUCGGGUGAAUUCAGUCGAGGAGCCAAAUCGGCCGAUAAAAACGUCGAAGUGACGGUCCGCGUCUGCAACGAGAAGGGCGUACCUAUUCCAGGCGUGAUGCACCUGGGCAGCGGAGUGACGGCCCAGGAUGAGUACCGUAGCGUCGUCUACUAUCACGAAGAUAAGCCGCGCUGGAGUGAAACGUUCAAGAUCGCCAUUCCCAUCGACGAGUUCUACAGGAGUCACCUGAAAUUCACGUUCAAACAUCGGUCCAGCAACGAGGCCAAAGAUCGGACGGAGAAGCCGUUCGCAUUGUCUUACGUCAAACUGAUGCAGGACAACGGGACGACGCUGAUGGACACCCAACAUGAACUGCUAGUCUACAAAGUGGAUCACCGUAAAUUAGACGAGAAUGAAACGGCCUAUUUGGGACUUCCGUCCACCCGGGCCGAAUUGGUGGAACACGGGUCCUCCAAGCCGUCGGCUCCUGGCCUGACGGUCAACUCCAAAGACUCGCUGCUCAUCGGCACCUGCCUCUGUUCGACUAAAUUGACACAAAACGUCGAACUCCUGGGAUUGCUCAAAUAUCACUCGUCCCAGUCGCAGCAGUUGCCGGCCAUUCUGAGUGCCUUGAUGAAGGUCGACGGCGAAGAGGUGGUCAAGUUUCUCCAGGACGUCCUCGACGCUUUGUUCAACAUUCUGAUGCUCAAUUCCGAUUCAAACAUCUUUGAUCACUCCGUUUUUGAUUGUCUAGUCUUCAUUAUCGGUCUGGUGACGGACCGAAAAUACGAACAUUUUAAGCCGGUGCUCGAUGUUUACAUCAAAGACAAUUUCAGCGCCACUUUGGCCUACAAGAAGCUGCUGGUCGUGUUGAACGAUUGCGUCCAGUCGACUGUGAUGACUAAAUUGCAAGGCGACGAUCUGCUGCGGGUGAUGAAAGCCCUUCAGUACCUGUUCAAGUUUGUGGUGCGAUCCCGUCAGCUGUUUGUCAACCUGUACGGCGAUGUCGAAGAAGGUGCCGACUCGGAUUUCGAGAGCCUCCUUCUCAAUUUGUUUGCCAGCAUGUCGGAUUUUAUGAGACGCAGCGAUGGAUUGGUACUACUAGCCCAAGGGGCAUGUCUCAAGUACAUUCCCUGCGCCAUUCCCGAUCUUUUAUUGGUCAUUGACGAUCAGCAGCUGAGUACGUCAUUGGCUGAUAUUGUUACGAGCGUUCCAGCCGGCCGGCUCAACAAUCAGAAGAUGAUGACGCUCAACGAUAUAGUGCACAGCCAACUGUUUCUGAAACCUGAAUGCCGUGCUAUUAUCCUACCGGUGGUAGUCAAGCGCGUCAAAGAGUUGCUCACUGGUCCGCAGGAGGGUGGAUGGGGAGGCUAUAAAGUGGAACUGCGCCACAUCGAGAGGUCCAAGAGCAAAGCGGCUCGGCUCCUGGGCGAACAAGUCGAUCAGAACGCAUUGUCUCAAAAAGCCGCCGUCGCCGGGGAGACGAGGGCCCAAGAGGUUGAGAUGAGCGUGACUGUCAUGUGCGACGUGAUGCAAAUUCUCUACCGGAAGGAUGUCGGUGGGACCCAUAACGACGUUGCCGAAGUGAUGGCCAACGGAUUGCGGACCAUCAUUCAGACCAUCAUUUCUAUCGACCGUGAAGAUCCGUUUGUCGGUCCCCUGGUCUCGGUCAUGCUGUCCAUCUUCCGUCAAAUGACCCCGCAUCAUUAUCGCAAUUAUUUGGGACACUUUGCCACUCGCUCCGACCUGUUGGAUUUCCUCAUCGAGAUUCUCAUGGUCUUCAAGGAUCUCGUGGCCAAACACGUCUACGCUCCUGAUUGGGCCCAAAUGAUUCUCCUGCAGAAUUCCAUCAUCCUGAAAGCUUUGCGCUUUUUCUCGCACACCAUUCGGGAUCGAUUCUCCAAUCCCUACGAGGGCCAGCUCUGGAAUAAUUAUUUCUUCUGCGCCAUUACGUACGUGUGUCAGCCGGCCCUUCAACUGGAAUCGUUCACCCAAACGAAACGGCGUCAAGUGCUGGCCAGGUACCGGGACAUGCGACGCGAGAUGGGCUUCGAAAUUCGAACAAUGUGGUUCAACCUCGGCCAGCACAAGAUCAAUUUCGUUCCAGCCAUGGUGGGCCAGUUCCUGGAAAUGACGUUGCUACCCGAGACGGAAUUGCGCAGAGCGACGAUCCCCAUCUUUUUCGACAUGAUGCAAUGCGAAUUCUACUCGCCUCGACUCCAGGGCGAAGCUUACAGUGACACCAAGCGCGACUCGUCUCACAUCAAAGGCAACUUUCAAGAAGUUGAAAAUAAAUUGAUCACCCAACUGGACGUCCUGGUGGAGGGCGGAAGGGGAGACGAGCACUACAAGGAUCUCUUCCAGUCGCUGAUGACGGAACUGUGCGAGAAACACUCUACGAUGCGCGACCAGGGCCUGAAACUUGUCCGCACAGUCACCCGGUUGAUGGAGCGGCUCCUCGAGUACCGAUCCAUCAUCACGGAUGAGAACCGCGAGAACCGGAUGAGCUGCACCGUCAACUUGUUGAAUUUCUACCAAGAGAUCAGCCGCAAGGAAAUGUACAUCCGCUAUCUCAACAAGUUGUGCGACUUGCACUUGGAAUGCGACAACUUCACAGAGGCCGCCUACACGCUCCAGCUUCACGCCCAGCUGUUGCGGUGGAGCGACGAGCCUCUGCCGACGCUUCUCCUCACCUCUAGGCAUCCGCACAUAACGUCGCACCGCCAGCUGAAGGAAGCCCUCUACCUGGACAGUAUCGAUCUCUUUGACCGCGGUAAAAUGUGGGAAUGCGCCCUGUCGCUCUGCAAGGAGCUGGCCCGUCAGUACGAAGAAGAAACGUUCGAUUACGGACGUCUGGGCGCCUUGCUCAACCGGAUGGCCACCCUCUAUGAUCACAUUAUCCAUCAAGUGCGUCACGAACCCGAAUAUUUCCGAGUGGCCUUCUACGGUCGCGGAUUUCCGGCUUUCCUUCAAAACAAAAUUUUUGUCUUCCGGGGUAAAGAAUACGAAAGGUUGAGCGAAUUCUCCAACCGGAUCAUGCUGCAAUUCCCCAACGCCGAGACGAUGAACCGGCUGACUCCGCCCGACCAGGAGAUUAUGGAUUCGCCGCAGCAGUACUUGCAGAUGAACAAAGUCGAUCCGAUGCUCAGCGCCGAGGAUCAGGAGCGAUUCGCCAGCAAACCCGUCAGCGAGCAGAUUUUGCGCUUCUACCGGGUCAACCGCGUCCAGCGUUUCAGCUUCUCGCGGCCGUUCCAUCGAGGCCAGCGCGACUCGGACAACGCCUUCUCGACCACCUGGCUGGAGCGGACCAUUUUGACGACGUCCCACCAAUUGCCGGGCAUCCUGCGGUGGUUCCCGGUGGUCGAGUCUCACGUCUUUGAACUGAAUCCCAUCCAGUUCGCCAUCGAGACGAUGGAGAAGAGCAAUAAAUCGCUGACGGAAUUGAUCCUGUCGCACCGAUCCGAUCCCAAACUCACCCUGCAUCCGCUGACGAUGAAGCUCCAGGGCAUCGUCGACGCUGCCGUCAACGGCGGCAUCAGCAACUACGAGAAGGCCUUUUUCACCGAUCGCUAUCUGCUGGAACACCCGGAAGACGCCGAUUCCGUGUCGGAGCUGCAGGAACUGUUUGCUCUGCAGAUCCCGCUGGUGGAAGCGGCUCUGGUCGUCCAUCGAUCGCGAGUCAACCAGGCCUUGCAGCCACUCCAGCAGCGGAUAGAAGAGUGCUUCCAGGAGAUGCGGGUUCAUAUUGAGAGCAAAUAUGGCAGACGGGAUGUGGACCCGCAACUGGAGCGUCAAAUGGAGCAGCUGACUCGGAAUCAGCGGCAAUCGACACACAGUUCCGGUGGCGGCGGAGGCUUGGGAGUGGGUCCUUACUCUCUUUACAACCGGCUGAGUACCAACAGCACAGGAGAUGCCAGUCAUCCGGAUUCGGUCCAUCAUCAUCUCUCCUCUCCGGCGAAUUUGACUUCCAGUGUGAACAUUGCGGCGUCUCGAUUGUCAUCCGUCACGCUCCAAUCGCCCGGCGGCUCAAGUGGAGGAUCGUUACAUAAUCCAUCGAUAACCAGGCACCAAUCCAGCUUGUUUUCUCGCACUUCCUCCCAAGCCGUUCUGUCGUCGCUGAGUUUUUCACUGCCCAGCAGCAGUUCCUCUUCAGCCAAUCCAUCGUCAUCCGGCAGUAGUAUCUCUCCCGUCAAGAUGCUCACGACUGGCCAUCGAUUCCGUUCCAACAAAUCCGGCACCGACAAGAAAUUGCGAGACAAGGAGAAUAAACAGCAUCGAGAUUCAUUCCGCCGGCUGAGUUCCAGUUCGAUUGGUGGCCGUGGAUCGCAUUUCCCCAGCUUGUCGCUGGCCGGAUUCGGAUUAGGUGGAAGCAGUAAUUCGGUCCCGUCAAGCCCUGCCGUAGUGGUGAAUUCUUCCGGCAACAGCAACAGCGGUAGCACCAGCGCUCUGGGUUCGAGUGCUCAUUCGCUGGAUGCCUCGUCGUCGUCUGAAACGGUGGGCCAACUAGCCUUGUCGGAAUCGACGUCUUCGCCGACGGUUGUCAUCGAAUUGACGCAACAAUUGACGGCCAAACGGCCACUCAGGUCCGAGGCCAGACGAUCGUCGACCGUCAACCGACCGUCGUAUAACGGCGAUGGUCUCGGUGGCGUUUGCUCCUCACCGUCGCAGAAUAGCGUCGCAUCGACGCUGAGUUCAUCGUCCGGCGAAGACCUUCCGCCACCUCUUCCGGCUAAACAGGGGUGCUCUACUAGCGUCGGAGGUUGUGGCGAUGUACCUCCAGAGAAGCCGCCGUUACCCGUCGUCAAUUUGUCGGAGAUCAAAGAGGGUGGAGAAAAUGGAGGAGCUCCACCCCCUCCACCCAAGAAACCGGCACGCCCAUUACCUCCCAUCUAGUUAAAAAAACAAA